UAAUUGAGUAAUAUGUCGAUUUUUUUUGUUGUUACCAUGAUGCCCGGGGAGAACCAUUCAAAAUCGGCAGGAAUUGCCUCAGAUAUCACCAAAGGAGUUUGUAAAAAUUGCACAGUUUUGCACCAGAACUUAAAGGAAUACGUAGCGGCACUGCUGAUAUUGGAACGAAAGAUAAUUGACACAGACCAUCUGUUGACUGAAUACCAGGAGAAAUGUGAUGAGCUUCAGAAAUCUCAAAGGGAGACUAGUAAGCUACAUCAAGAACUGGAUGAGCUGCUGUUGAAAAUGGCGCCAUUAGAAAGGCAGAACGAGGAGUAUGAGGCAAUGCGAUCGGAAUUGGAGGAGAAGAAAAGCUCCCUGAAAAAUUAUCAGCAGACAUCUGAGGAGCUUGACAGAAUGAAGGAAGAGAACAUAAAGUUACUCACUUCAAAGAAGAAUCUUGAAAACCAGUUAAAAACAUUUGAAGAUUCCAGCAUCAAGAAAGAUCAUGAAAUUACACAACUGGAAAAGGAGAAGACAAAAUUGGAAGAAAAUCUUCACACAACUCAGAACUCCCUGAAACAUUAUCAGCAGACAUCUGAGGAACUUGACAGAAUGAAGGAAGAGAACAUGAAGUUACUUUCUUCAAAGAAGAAUCUUGAAAACCAGUUAAAAACAUUUGAAGAUUGCAGCACCAAGAAAGAUCAUGAAAUUACACAACUGAAAAAGGAGAAGAAAAAAUUGGAAGAAAAUCUUCACACAACUCAGAAAAAUCUGGAAGAACUGGAGUUAAAGAAUCAGAAAGAUUUAAUGAAUGUAACAACUCAAACAAAUUUUCCAGAAGAGCCAAAAACUGACAAAGCUAAAGUCAAACAGCUUAUAGAAGAACUUUGGUCAUGCAUAGAGCCUCAGUCCUCACAGGCUACAAGCCAGCUACACUUUUCUGGCCUACCUUGUGAGUCAUCUGAUUACCGCAGUGACCCCUUGAAGUCUUGCAGUGUGUCGGUACAAAGGACUAAAGGACCACCUGAAGCUCCAAAUACUAUAAAAACUCGGAAAAGAAGUCGGGCAUCAGGAGAGUUGCUGUACAGUAACACCUUGGUUGAGAAAACGACAUCCCCUGGUGCAUCACUGAAUGGAAGCCAUGAGGAGGACAUUGAGGAGAUAUUAGAUUGCUUCAAACCGCUGCCACCUCUUCUGUCUCCAGUGAUCUUUACCUCGCCUGAAAAAGCACUGUUUGGAGAUCUGUCCGAUUCCAGUGAUGAUGAGAAAUUUGAUGUUGACCGUCAAGGCACUGAAUUAUCCACAAGGGAGACCACGGACGUGUCGAUGGUAUCAGCCCCAGCUGACAGUGACAUCCUGGAUUUUUCAAAUCCUUGUGGCACACUCACAAAAAUGUGUGUCAAUUCCAGGGACGAGGAAAUGAAUAUAUCUCACUCAGAGAUUCAGUUGUGUGAAGUAGAAAAUGAGAAGGUUGAACAUGCUAAUGAAACCAUGAUGUGCACAUCAGAUGAACCUCUGGUGGAUGGAUUGUCAGAAUCAUCCCCUGGUUCUUUUGUUAAACAGACUGUGUGCAGCGGUGCAUCAACAGAACAGUCUACCCCCGAACAUACCGGCCUUGUGAAAAACAAGGGCUCUGAUGCUGAAGAUAUGGUGGUUGUGGAAACCCCGCAAAAGGAAAAGGAAAUUUAUGCUGAAGUUACUUGUGAGAAGGCCUUACCAAUAUUGCCAAACAAACUUACUGGUGACCACCAAGAUAGUUGUUCCACUGUGUACAGCGAAUCCAUUCUAGGACCACAUAUAUCCCCUCUUAAAGUGAGCAGUGACAACCUUGGACACAGCAAAGAUGCGGAUGUUCCUUCGGAAACUCCCACAUUUCAUAGUCAUUUAAUUCAAGGCUCUCUUUCCCCCUGUUUCACUCAACCAAAAGAGUCCAAUGAAACUCAAUAUCAGAACCCCCUGAGUACUUUAAAUGACACACCCAAUGAUGAUGCCAAAUCUGAACAGAUUGUGUCUAAAGCCAAAUCUGAAGUAAAUUCUGCUCAUGGCCCAGAAGAAACCAUUUGUUUUUCUGAGGACAAUUGUCAUAUUGAUGCUAAUGUGUUGGAUUUGGCAGAAAGCACUUUGACUUCAAAAUCUCCACUUUGUUCAAAUGAUGGAAUCAGUCAACCCAAAUAUGUAGGCCCAAAUGCUUUGCACUCAGAGAUUUUUACUGGACCAGAUGUCAAUUUGACUCCACCCUCUGAACCUGUAACUACUAGUGAGCUACCCUGUAGAGCUGUGAAUUCUGAAGAUCGGAUAAAACCAUUGGAAAUAAUUCAGAACGGAGCUCUCUCUGAAGUGUCAAACCAUAUGAUUGAAAAUGUACUUGCAACAAAGGAAUGUGAGAAACCAAAUGAAAUGGAGGUGAAUGCAUGUGAAGAGCAGGAGUUGACUCAAACAUGCCAAGUGCCUGCCUUGAAUUUACUGGCCAGCCCAAGUAAAACCAGCUCAGAGAAUAUUGAUAAUCCCUUGAGUAGGAUUCCAUCUUGUAGUGACAUAAAACCUCUUGUGGAAACUGACUCCACUCCAGCAGAAAUUCCAGCAGAUGAGGACAGAAUCAAAGGAAGUAGUUCUAAUGAUCUUGAAAAAUACAAAGAAUCAUCAGAUGAACAGGAGAGUUUUGGUCUGCAGCGGAAAGUUAAAACUAUCUACCAGCGUGCUGGAAACCAAGCAUCAACUGAGAGUGAAAAAGGUUUAACAAAGCCUGAACAAGAUUCAGUUGUAACUCAAGAGGAUUCUGGAAAAAAUCCAGGAACAAGCUAUGAAUCACAGGGAAACCCUUCUGAAAUGAGUGAAAAAUCCUUAGACUCAGCUCUGGUAGAACUAGAUUCAUCAGCAAAUGGUUCUCAAGCAGAGGUUACUGCAGAUAGUAUUCCAAUGGAAGAAACAUUUACAGCAAUAUUAUGUGAAAAUCAAGUGUUGGAUGCUCUUGAAGUGCCCUUAAAAGAUGAAAGUAAAGAAUGUAAAAGCAAUGUGAACCAGUCACAGAAAAUAACAGACCAAGGAUGUAGUUUGUACCCUGAAUUCUCCUCAGAGCUGAAAGAAAGCCUAUGUCCCCUGCAGGCAGAUGACAGAACUGAUGAAAGCACCGAAAGCAAAAUAACACAAGAGGUGUCAGCUGACAAACCUGAGGAUGUGAAGAAUUGUUCCCUGAACAAUAGCAGAGACAUUCCCACUGAUGAUACCCAGCCUGGGAAUUUCAGAAAUCCAACAAUUCCCAGCCGCAAACGGCAACAUUCUGGUAAUUGUCAGGAGAGAUCUCUAAAUCUGAAAGACGAGCUCAAAUUGACAAAUCCACUCAUGUUAGCAACCACUUACACUUCAAUCCCAGAGAAGUCUCCAGAAUCUAUAAGGAAAGUUCGCUUUAAAAUGGGGCCACCUCUCCCUCCUCUGCUUAAUCCCCUGACAGUCACCCCUCCAAGAUUUGGGACACAGGAGCUACAGACGGUUCCUAGCAAAUUAUUAAUUCCUUCAAUUGAAGGAACUCCAAUACAAGAAACUUCAAUAGCACCGCUCAUGUCACCACACUCAGAAGAUCCAAAUGUGAAUUCUCCAUGUUUGUCCAUAUCAUCUGCUGGUGACACAAAACGGAGAAGACUAAUUUCUUCUCCACUGCAGUUCUGCGCAACAACUCCGAAACAUGCUGUUCCUGUUCCUGGGAGGCUUCCACCCGCAGCAUCAAAUUCUUCCAGCUCAUCCCCUAGUGCUCCUCAGGAGAACUCUGUCAGAAUUCUUGACACAAUGUAUCCCGAACUCUCUGCCCGGGCACGGACUCUUAACAUUCUGCGAAGGACUGUUAAUUUUAACAGAUGUGCACCUGAUACUGGGACGACAACACCAGACCCUGUCGGUCAAGUAUCCCGAUUUAAGGCUGUCAAUUCUUCCAGGGUACUUACUAAAACAGAACAAUCUAAUGAAAAUGAAAUUGGGUUUAACCCAUCGAUAGAAAACAAUAGUACAUCCAAAGAUGGUUCAUCAGCUGUUAUAGGGAAAUUUGUGAAAAAACCUGGAGUGAACGUGCUGUUGCCAAAAAGUGCAAUUAAAUUGGAUAAUGACUCACCAGUCCCUGCUAAGCCUCACGGAUGUCUUGCAAAUCAUAAGGAGGUUAGUCAGGGGGAAUCUGCUGGGACCAGGGAAGAUGGACAAGUAGGCAAUGCAACCAGUGCACAAAAUCCAAUAAUGGAUGCAUUAAAAAAGAUUGGAACAUCUUGUUUUGAUUUAUUGCCUGUAAUUAGGAGUCAUGUGAGCAUCACAAAAAUUUCAAAAGUGCCAGUGUUGAGAGAUGAAGAAAAGGAGGUCAUCCAUGAGUUCUGUGUGGUGAACAAGCACUUAGCAGAUGAUCUGCUGUCUGCCAUCCUAGUGAAGAUGAAAACAGAGAAGAACACCAUCUGUGGAAUGUACUUGCAAGCGCUCUGCAGGGUCUACACUGGAAUCUGUCGACAAACAGAAGACUGGGAAAGAGCCCAUCUCUUUAUUUACAGUAUCUUGAAAGAAGAUUUUCCAGACUCAGCAAAACUGAUUCUUUUCAUUGUGACCACGUGGUUCAAUGUCCUCUCCCAAACGGGUGUGUUAUGCAAGGCCAUACAUGCCGUUUUGAGGCUGAGGGCCCAUGGCGAGGUGCUGCCCUGUUUAACUGCCUUUCUUGACUGGGAAAAGAAUCCUCCAAGUGACUGUGAGAAGAUAAUAAAAAGCACAUUGAUGGCGCUGAGAAUGGGAGUGAAUAUGAAAUUCCUUAAGCAUGAUCGGCACGGCGAUGAUCUGAAUCAUGCUGCAUGGACAUACGUAUUCACACUGGACCUCCUUUGUACACAGCAGCAAUGGAAGUGGACUCAUGACAAUAUAAUAUGCAAAGAGCUGUGGCCCAUCAUGAACAGUUGGGUGAUACAGUCAAGGUCCCGGCAGACACCUAUUCCGGAUAUUUCGGUUGCAACUACUCUGAGAUUAAUUGGGCGACUUGGGCAGUUGGGCAUUAAAGAGAAGUCUAUCGCUUCUGUCAAAAAUGUUGCUAAAGUAAUCAACACAUUUGGGAGACAUGGAAAAGGAGAAGGUGUCCCCUGGCCAGUUCAGUUGGCAGCAGUCUACACAAUAUAUGACCUUUCGCCCAGCAACCCGAAGGAGGCCAUGGAUGCCCUGGCAGCAUGGCGAGGGGAAACCACGGAGACGGUGCCCCCUGCUGUCACCAGCUGCAUCACUCAAAUCGGCUCUGUGUGCCGCUACAUCAAAUCAUGAUGCAGACAGAAUCAACUCCUCUUUUAGACAUUGCCAACGCUAACGUCCUCUUUCCCUGUUGCUAUGUUAUUUUCUGAAAGCUGCCGUCUCCCAUCCUCUCUGAAUUAUCAAUGGUUUAUAUAUAUAUAUAUACCAUAUAUAGACCAUAGGCUGUAUUUAUAAAUCUUGCCUGGAAAAGAUCACUUUGUAAAGGAUUUGUUUGAUCUUAGUGUACAUAUUUGUAAUCAUUUAACAUAAUUUAGAAUGGAAAUUAAACAACCUUGUUUUUGAUGUUCAGUUGAAAUGCAUUUCUACAUAUAUUUUUGUUAAUAAAUAAGUAAAAUGGUUUA